AUGGACGAACAUAUUCCAACAUUCUUGGCCGUGACGGGGAUUGAAGAUGAGGCAGUGGCAAAGCAAUUUCUUGAUGUCACAGGAGGAGAUCUAGAUAUGGCAGUCACCUUGUAUAUGGAAUCGGGGCAGCAUGGCGGCGGCCAAGGUGCAAGCGGAGGCAAUGGAGGAUCAGCGAGGGCUCCGUAUGACGGGGACGACGAAGCACUUGCUAAGCAACUACAGGAACAAGCCUAUGGAGGCGCACCGGGACAAGAUCACGAUGAUGGUGGCGAUGGAGUUCGUGAAGCUGAUGCCAAUGUGCAUCGACAUGAGACUUUGAUUGACUCUAUCCCUGGCUAUGGAGGAGCUGGGGGGCUCAUGAGUCAAAUGCAUAGACAAGCGGAUAUGUUUGGACGGAGACAACAAGGCAUCUUUCAUCAAGGUUUUAACUUCCAGAAUGGGUCUCUGAUGAAUUCUUUCCAUGGAGGUGGAGAGGACGAAGUUGAUGAGGAAGUAGAUGAUGAUGAUGAAGAAGAAGAAGAUGAUGAUGAUGAUUACGAUGGAAUGGAGUUUGAAGGUGCAGAAGGCUACAACCAGCUGCAUGAUGUGCAAAUUAUAGAUUCAGACGAAGAAGACGGAGAAGGUGAAGAAGAAGGAGCCGCCGCUAAUGGUGGCGGAUAUAACCGCAACCGAGCUCCAAGGAGAAGAAGCGUGGGGAGAAGGAGGCAACUUCGAGAGCAAAGAGAUCAAAACUUGACGUCUGUGCAGCGGAGACUUGCUAAUCUCUUCCGGCCGCCCUUUGACAUUAUAAGUGUACUCACCUUGGACCAAGCUAGAGCUCAAGCUAAAGAAACCAAGAAAUGGAUCCUCGUUAACAUCCAAGACUCUUCUGAGUUCCAAUCGCAAGUGCUCAAUCGUGACUUCUGGUCAAAUUCAAGAGUCAAGCAGAUUGUGCGCGAGAAUUUCAUCUUUUUGCAGUACCAAAAUGACUCCUUUGACGGAGAAUCUUAUGUCAAUUUCUACCAUGUUGACCAAUUUCCUCACAUUGCAAUUAUCGAUCCGUUGACCGGGGAGAGAGUUUAUAGAUGGAAAGAUGGCCAAGUUCCCGAAAUGGAGAAAUGGAUCAGUGAAGUUUACCUGUUCUUGGACAGUUUUUCACUAGCGCCAGACUCGAAAAACCCCUUGGUUAAGCAUGAACGAAAGUUGGAUUUGGAUAGUCUAAGCGAGGAGCAGCAGAUUGAGCUCGCGAUGAAGCAAAGCGUGUUGGACAGUGACAACAUCAACAAUAGCAAUAAUAAUAACAAUAAUAACGGCAAGAGUAUAGAUGAUGCCAUCAAUUUGGAUAGCGACGACGACGAUACUACAUUUUCGCUGGAAGGUCUCCCCAAGUCUGAGUCGGCUCCUUCUGAACCUAUUUUCGAACCUUUUGAAGCUAUAAAGGCAAUUGACCAUAAGGAGCCUACAGAAGGACCUACAACCCGAGUUCAAAUCCGGUUCCCCAAUGGGAAGCGGCUCGUGCGCAGACUUGGCUUGCAAGAUCCAGUAGUUGCAUUGUUUGAAUGGUUGAAGUUUGUCUUGCUGGAAUCUGGUGCAGGAUACGGGCUCAAUUGCAAUGACAAGUUCACGCUUUCCAACAGUUCAGACAAAUCGUUCAAGUUUAUUCAAAAUCUAGAUAGAACCAUUGAGCAGGCAAACUUGAAGAACGCAAGCAUUCUUUUGGAGAAGGACUAA